AAGCUCCACCACAGAAAUCAAAAGACCCACAGCAACAACACAGCAGAUAAUUAGCCAAAAUCUCAAAAAUGAAGUACGUUGGGGCUCUGGGCAAAACAAUGGCUUUAUCACUAUCUUCACGCCCUUCUCUCUUCACUUCCUCUAUUAGAAACACCUUUUAUAGCUUCCCUAUUCGUCAAUUUAGCACUAGUCUUUUUGUUCUUUACCCGUCUAAGAACUCUAGUAGUACUAGGAACAAGUUGCUGAGAUGUCACAGCAAUUCUUUCUCGACCUAUGCCGUCGCCACCGAUUCUUCUGAAGCUCCUGCUGCCGCCGAUGAACGGACAAAUGGUGAUGCCCCAGUUGAGAAAAUUGUCCUACCCACUAACGAAUCGUCUGCCACACUCCUUAGAGUUCGCCACACGUGUGCUCAUGUUAUGGCCAUGGCAGUCCAAAAGCUCUAUCCAAAUGCAAAAGUGACAAUUGGGCCCUGGAUUGAUAAUGGGUUUUAUUAUGAUUUCGAUAUGGAGCCUUUGACUGACAGAGACCUGAAGAGGAUUAAGAAGGAAAUGGAUCGAAUUAUCAGCCGAAAUUUGCCUCUGGUUAGAGAAGAAGUUAGCCGGGACGAAGCUCAGAAAAGAAUAAUGGCUAUCAAUGAACCUUACAAGGUAGAGAUUUUAGAGAGCAUAAAGGAGGAGCCAAUUACCAUAUAUCAUAUUGGUAAUGAAUGGUGGGAUCUUUGUGCGGGACCUCAUGUUGAAACUACAGGAAAGAUUAACAAAAAAGCUGUUGAGCUUGAAUCUGUUGCUGGUGCUUACUGGAGAGGAGAUGUUAAAAAACCAAUGCUCCAAAGGAUUUAUGGCACCGCAUGGGAGAAUGAGGACCAAUUAAAAGCAUACCUUCACUUCAAAGAAGAAGCUAAACGGCGUGAUCAUCGGAGGCUUGGCCAAGAUCUUGAUCUCUUCUCCAUACAGGAUGAAGCUGGUGGAGGCUUAGUGUUCUGGCAUCCCAAAGGAGCUAUUAUUAGGCACAUAAUAGAAGACACUUGGAAAAAGAUUCAUAUGGAGCGGGGUUAUGAUUUACUCUAUACUCCCCAUGUAGCUAAGGCAGAUCUUUGGAAGAUUAGCGGUCAUCUGGACUUCUAUAAAGAGAAUAUGUUUGAUCAGAUGGAGAUUGAGGAAGAGCUUUAUCAGCUUCGGCCAAUGAACUGCCCUUAUCAUGUAUUGGUCUAUAAGAGGCAGUUACACUCUUAUCGGGAUUUUCCAAUCAGGGUUGCAGAGCUUGGAACAGUGUAUAGAUAUGAGUUAUCUGGAAGCUUACAUGGCCUUUUCCGUGUAAGAGGUUUUACUCAGGAUGAUGCACAUAUCUUCUGUUUAGAGGAUCAAAUUAAAGAUGAAAUCAGGGGUGUGUUAGAUCUGACCGAGGAAAUAUUACAGCAAUUUGGUUUUGACAAGUAUGAGGUGAACCUUUCAACAAGGCCAGAAAAGGCUGUGGGAGAUGAUGAGAUUUGGGAUAAAGCAACAUCUGCACUUAAGGAUGCUUUAGAAGACAAAGGUUGGAGCUAUCAGAUAGAUGAUGGUGGUGGGGCCUUCUAUGGUCCCAAGAUUGAUCUGAAAAUUGAGGAUGCUCUUGGAAGGAAGUGGCAAUGCUCAACUAUACAGGUUGAUUUCAAUUUACCCCAGCGCUUUGACAUUACAUAUGUUGACUCAAAUCAAGAGAGGAAGCGGCCUAUCAUGAUCCAUAGAGCAGUUCUUGGAUCUUUGGAGCGCUUUUUUGGUGUUCUCAUAGAAAACUAUGCUGGUGAUUUUCCACUUUGGCUUUCUCCCAUCCAAGCUCGAGUUUUACCAGUUACUGAUGCUCAGCUCCAGUACUGCAAUGAAGUGGGAAAAAAACUAAAAGCUAGUGGUAUUCGGGUCGAGGUUUGCAGUGGCGAACGCCUACCAAAACUCAUUAGGAAUGCAGAGAAGCAGAAGAUACCAUUGAUGGCUGUAGUUGGGCCCAAAGAGGUAGAAACACAAACUGUUACUGUUAGGUCUAGGUUUGCAGGGGAGUUAGGGAACAUGUCCAUUGAUGAAUUUAUCAGUAGAACAAAGAAUGCAAGUGAAAACCGCACAUUCUUAUGAUCAGGAGCAUGGUAUUGAAAAUGUUUGGUAGUGGCUCUCCUAAAUUAUAAGUCAUUCUUGUAUGAUUUAAACAUAGAUGUGAACCACAGAGCAAUAGAGAGGAAAAUAAAGGAAUACAGGAAUUCUUCUUGAAUCUUUUA